GAAUUCACUAAAAAACUACAAGACUGAAAAGAAAAAUAAAAAGGCCAGUUUCCAUCACCCACCGCUCCCACCGCUCCCAAAAAACAAAAAAUGUGGUUGAACCUUAAAAUUUUGAGUUUGCUAGUCUUAAUUGUCGGUGCCAUUCAUUGCCAAGCUUAUGUUCAGCAUACUUUUGUGAUAAAAGAAACUCCAUACACGAGACUGUGCGGCACAAAGAACAUCUUGACAGUAAAUGGCCAGUUUCCAGGACCAGCACUACAUGUUCACAAAGGAGAUACUAUCUUUGUUGAUGUCCAUAACCAGGGCAAUUAUAACAUAACUAUUCAUUGGCAUGGAGUAAAACAACCAAGAUAUCCAUGGUCAGAUGGUCCUGAAUACAUUACACAAUGCCCCAUACAACCGGGUGGAAGGUUUAGGCAGAAGAUUAUAUUUUCCACAGAAGAAGGGACCUUAUGGUGGCAUGCUCAUAGUGAGUGGUGGCGAGCAACGGUUCAUGGUCCUAUAAUCAUUCAUCCCAAGAAGGGAACCAAAUAUCCUUUCCCUCUUCCUCAUGAAGAGGUUCCAAUCAUAUUUGGAGAGUGGUGGAAGCAAGGAAUAUUGGCAGUUUAUAAUAGAGCUAUUUCUACUGGAGCAGACCCUAAUGUUUCUGAUGCUUUCACUAUCAAUGGCCAACCUGGUGUUCUUUAUCCGUGCUCAAAACCAGACACAUUCAAGAUAAAGGUUGAUCAUGGCAAGACUUAUCUCCUCCGCCUUAUCAACUCUGCCGUGAUGGAUAUUCUCUUUUUCGCCAUUGCCAAACACAAUGUCACUGUUGUGGGAACAGAUGGUAGUUACACCAAGCCAUUGGAAUCAAGUUAUGUCACAAUAUCCCCUGGCCAAACCAUCGAUGUUUUGCUGAAAGCGAACCAGAAAUCUGACCACUAUUACAUGGCUGCUAGAGCAUACUCUGCUGCACCUCUUGUUCCUUAUGAUAACACAACCACCACUGCUAUUCUUGAAUACAAUGGAAACUAUACCCCAUCUUCACCUCCUUCCCUACCUAAUAAUCUUCCUUACUCUAAUAAUACCAAUGCCUCAGUUAGUUUCACAAGUAGCCUCAGAAGCUUAGCGGAUAAAAAUCAUCCAAUCAGAGUCCCAAUAAACAUAACCAAACAUUUAUUUUUUGUAAUCUCAAUCAACACGUUCCUAUGUCCUAACAAUUCAUGUGCAGGGCCUAAUGGGACCCGACUAGCCACUAGUGUCAAUAACAUAAGCUUUGUGAACCCAAACAUCGAUAUUUUACAAGCUUAUUAUGGUCAUAUCAAUGGGGUAUUUGGGACUAAUUUUCCAGAUUUCCCACCAUAUUUAUUUAAUUUCACUGCUCCGAACUUGCCAUUGUACCUAAAUACACCUAAACAUGGGACCAAGGUUAAGAUACUGAAGUAUAACACGACUGUGGAACUUGUUUUUCAAGGCACGACUUUGGCGGGUGGGAAUGAUCAUCCAAUGCAUCUCCAUGGACACAGUUUCUAUGUGGUUGGAAUGGGUCUUGGAAACUUUGACAAGGAUAAGGACCCAUUGAGAUAUAAUCUUGUUGAUCCUCCUUUUAUGAACACCAUUGCUGUUCCCUUAUAUGGCUGGACUGCCAUUAGAUUCAGGGCUGACAAUCCUGGAGUUUGGUUUAUGCACUGCCAUUUUGAUCGGCAUAUGACAUGGGGCAUGGACAUGGUAUUCGUAGUGAAAAAUGGGAAAGGUCAAAAAGCACAUAUUUUACCACCACCGCCAGACAUGCCACCCUGUUGAAGUUAGCUGCAAGCUCCAAAUUCCAUGUUGGUUCAUUCCUCAUGAGAAGUUACAUCAAAUGAUAGGGGAGACAUAAGCAAUUAUGGAUUGGGCCAGUCCAUUCAUAUAUUUGUUUGUUUGUUUUCAUUGUGCUCUUGAUUUGUUCAAUAUGUCUAUUGCAUUAUUGUUUAUAAUUAUCAUUUGUGGAAUUAUUACCACGACAGUCAUUGUCAAUUUGUGGAGGAAAAUAAUGAAAUUGUUGUGGAAGAAGUAAUUUAUUUGUUCUCAUACUAUAUGGUAUGCAUUGUAUAUGGAAUUAAAUAAAGCUGUGUGAUUAAGUAGUA